AUGAGUCUGCAAUGUCGUGUUUGUAUGGAAUAUUCUGAAAACUGUACUUUUCUGUUCACCGAGCGUCAUGGUUUAACACUAGCAGAAAUCAUACAAUUCUGCGCGGAUGUAAAGAUAGCUGAUGAUGACGAUUUACCGUCCCACGUGUGUUUAACAUGCAGCAAAGAUGCUAUGGUAGCCUACACGUUUGUGCAAAAAUGCCAGAACUCAGAUCAUGAACUGCAAACACAGAAAAACCUUAGGAUUCCGUAAGCUACCUCUAGUAAAUACGUGCAAACCACUAAAACUCAGGGUGAAACGCAAGAAUUGCUGGUAGAAUUGAUAUCGGAAUCCCCCCCAAUAGACCAUCAUUUUACAAAGGAUGGACCACCUACCGACGACAUUUACGUUACUGAGUACCUUGAUGAGGACGAAAUCCAGAAUUCGGGCCAAGAAUUCCAAGAUCAAAACAUUGAGGAAGAUACGGAUUUAACUACGUUGAAUGACCAGGCUGAAAACGAUUCAAGCUAUUGCUGUUGUCAUAGCGACUGCACAAUGACUUUCCACACUAAACAUGAACUGAAAGAGCACAUCAAUGUGCUGCACGUACUAGAUAAUGGAGAGCAAGAUAUUCCAGAUACACUUCACUGCUGCAAUAACUGUGAUCACACGUUUUCCACUGAGAAGGAACUUAUUAGCCACGAAUUGCUUUUACAGCUGAAAAAAGCCCUAAUUAAUUCUGUGAGCAGAGGGCGUCCUAAAACUUAUCCAUGUUUGUUUAAUGCGGAGCAAAAAAAGUGCUGCGAUUGUUACGCAUCGUUCCCUACGAUUGAGUCACUUGUGGAGCAUACCAUGCAGAGGCAUUCGAUACGCAAAACGGUUCUCGAUCCUACACGGUCAGUUCGAUGCGAAGUAUGCUUCAAGCUGUUCCGCAGUAAAUCGAGCCUCCAUAGUCACCAAAACGCGCCCUACAAACCGCGCAACUACGGCUGCAAUACGUGCGGUGCUUCUUUUCUGACGCCUUCCCGACUCGCGGUCCACGAAGCCGUGCACAGCGCGGAACGGAAGUUUAGGUGUGGGGAGUGUGGGGCAAGCUUUAAGAACGAGCAAAACCUGAACACCCAUGCCUUACUGCACCGCGAGAAGAAAGAGGUGUGCAGUACGUGCGGGUUGAGAUUUCAUCGGAAGUCCAAUCUGCGGAUGCAUCAACGUGUCCACUCCGAUGCUUACUAUACCGUGUGUCCGCAUUGCGAUAAGAAGUACAAAAACCAAUCACAACUGAAGGAGCAUCUCAAGGUGCACACGAAGGAAAAAACGUUGGGAUGUCGGUACUGUGCGAAACGAUUUAUGUACACGAGCGAUCGGAAGCGACACGAGAUGAUACACACUGGAAAAUAUCCUUUUACAUGUGGUUGUUCGAAAAAGUUCAGCCGUAAUCGUCUUUAUAUGCGGCACAUUGAGAAAUGUGAAGCGUAG